CUGCGAAGGAUUCUGGGAAAUGUAGUCCAGAGCAAGAAAGCAGCGGAUCCUUUCGGAUUCUUCUCAGUUGCAAGUUGCACCCCUAGGCUGUGAUUGCCAGGCCGCGGGGAAGCCGCUGCUACAGAACCCGCCCAAGCCCAAGCUGAUCCCCGUGCCGCAGCGCCGCACCCCUACCCGAGCUGUGGCCACUCUCCCGGCUCGCACACAGAAGGCCAGACCUGCCCGGCGAGCCGCGGGGCCCUCUGGGAAGUGCUACCCUGCGUCUAACGGACCCAGCUUUCGUUGUCAGAAUUCUUCCUGCGCUGAGGAACCUUUUAGAAGCUCAAUAUUUACUGAAGGUUGGACAUAUAUCAGUCAGUUGUUGGUGCGCUGGAUCCUGCAGUGAACAGAGGAAUCGGCCCCCUCUCCCUCGGCUAAUCAGGAUGCCGACGUUGCUGUGGAGUAGAUAAUAAACUCAGCUUGCUCAGGACGUCCCUCCCUAAAAAGAAGAGGAAAUGACCGAGUCUGAGGGACUAGUGACGUUCAAAGAUGUGGCCAUUGAUUUCACCCCAGAAGAAUGGAAGCAGCUGGAUCCUACUCAGCGGAACCUAUAUCGGAAUGUGAUGCUCGAAAAUUAUAACAACUUAAUCACAGUUGGCCCGCCACUCUCCAAACCCGAUGUGAUUUUCAAGUUGGAACAAGAGGAAGAGCCAUGUGUAGUGGAGAAAGAAGUGUUAAGGAGACGCCGUCCAGGAGAGAUUUUGGGCAUUGAUGAACACCAGAAAAACCAGAACAGGCUCUUGAGACAAGUUCUCAAGGGGACGGUGGUGACUCACGAAGCCGAUGAACGCCCUAAGAAGUUCGCAAAUACAUUCUCUCCAAACUCAGACUCCGUUCCUUCCGGACACAAUCUCUGUGACCCUGACAGUGUUGGAAAGCGUGCAGAACCGGAUUCUGGCGAUCCCGGUAAUGCAAAGCAGCCGUCGCCAGAGGAGCGUUUCCAGGAAGAUGAUGCGGAGCAACCAUUUCACAACAGCUCGCCCCAUUUUGUGCUGACGCCCUUCAAGUGCAAUCACUGUGGAAAAGGCUUUAGUCAGACCCUGGACCUGAUUCGACACCUGAGAGUUCACACUGGGGGGAAACUGUAUGAGUGCCAUCAGUGUGGAAAAGGCUUUAGCCACAAGGAGAAACUUAUUAAUCACCAUAAACUUCACAGUAGGGAUCAGUGCUAUGAGUGUAACGAAUGUGGGAAGACUUUCAUUAAGAUGUCAAAUCUCAUGAGACAUCAACGAAUUCACACCGGAGAGAAACCAUAUGUGUGCCAGGAGUGUGGGAAAUCCUUCAGCCAGAAAUCUAAUCUCAUUGACCACGAAAAGAUUCACACUGGCGAGAAGCCUUAUGAAUGCAGGGAGUGUGGGAAAUCCUUCAGCCAGAAACAAAGCCUUGUCGCACACCAAAAAGUUCACACUGGGGAGAAGCCUUACGCGUGCAAUGAGUGUGGGAAGGCCUUUCCUCGGAUCGCUUCCCUUGCUCUUCAUAUGCGCAGUCACACGGGAGAAAAACCAUAUAAGUGUGAUAAGUGUGGAAAAGCCUUCUCUCAGUUUUCCAUGCUCAUCAUACACGUGAGAAUCCACACUGGUGAGAAGCCGUACGAGUGCAGCGAGUGUGGAAAAGCCUUCUCUCAGAGCUCAGCACUAACUGUGCAUAUUAGAAGCCACACGGGUGAGAAACCCUAUGAAUGCAAGGAAUGCAGAAAAUCCUUCAGUCAUAAGAAAAACUUCAUCACCCAUCAGAAGAUUCAUACUCGGGAGAAGCCGUAUGGAUGCAAUGAGUGUGGCAAAGCCUUUAUCCAGAUGUCAAACCUUGUCCGGCACCAGAGGAUCCACACGGGAGAAAAGCCUUAUCUAUGUAAGGAAUGUGGCAAAGCCUUCAGCCAGAAGUCAAAUCUCAUUGCUCAUGAAAAAAUUCACUCUGGAGAGAAGCCCUACGAAUGUAACGAGUGUGGGAAAGCCUUCAGCCAGAAGCAAAACUUCAUUACCCAUCAGAAAGUUCACACGGGAGAGAAACCUUAUGAUUGUAACAAGUGUGGGAAGGCCUUUUCUCAGAUCGCUUCCCUUACCCUUCAUUUGCGAAGUCACACGGGAGAAAGGCCUUAUGAGUGUGACAAGUGCGGGAAAGCCUUCUCCCAGUGCUCACUACUCAAUUUACACAUGCGAAGUCACACAGGCGAGAAGCCAUACAUAUGCAACGAAUGUGGAAAAGCCUUCUCUCAAAGAACAUCCCUCAUUGUGCACAUGAGAGGCCACACUGGCGAGAAGCCCUAUGAAUGUAACAAGUGUGGGAAAGCCUUCUCCCAGAGCUCAUCCCUCACCAUACACAUCCGGGGUCACACGGGCGAGAAACCCUUCGACUGCAGCAAGUGUGGAAAAGCCUUCUCUCAGAUAUCUUCCCUUACACUUCAUAUGAGGAAACACACAGGGGAGAAGCCCUAUAACUGUAUCGAGUGUGGCAAAGCUUUCAGCCAAAAGUCGCACCUUGUCAGACACCAGAGAAUCCACACUCACUAGAGACUAGUGAACACUGUGAACAUGAGGACUGCCUUCCAAUGAAAUGAACACCUCACAGCACACUACAUGAUCAGUUCUAGUACUGACUGUUGGAAAGCUUUGUGAAGAAGCCAUGCGUUUGUUAGAGAAUUCUCCCUGCGAUGACCAAUUGUAUGAGAAAACUGAGAAACUUUGAACAAACACCAUUGACAUCAGUAUUCUCAUUCAAAUCCGAAAGAAAAUAUCUGCUGUGAAACAACGCAUUGGAGCUCCUUGCCAGUGUACUAAGCAAGAGACAGAGAUUGGAAAAAGCAGGCAAUAUGGGACCAUGGGAAGUAGGUGCUGUAUGAUAAUGUGUCAGGAAGAAAGGCUGAGGGAAGUAGGUGACAUGUGCACAAGUUAAAAACGUGCCGACAAAUGCAAGAGAUCACCUGAAAAAGCAAGUCAGGAAAUUAUGAGUUUAAGUACCCUUCCAAUUCUCUUUCUUUCCUUCCAUGAAGAAUUUACAUGUCAGUUGCUAAGAAUUUCCUGAUCUGAUUUCAGAGUAAUAUGGCAAGGGAAAGGACCAUGAAUAGCAAAAACAAAAAAUACAACACAACCCUACAAAAACAAACAAAACAACAACAAAAAAAAACAUUUUUUUUUGACAAAACAGCUAGGGAAGAUGUUCACUCAGUUCUAGAUACUAAAUUAUUUAACGUUUUUUCUUUUCUUUUUUUUUUUUUUACUUAAAUUCUUUUGAGUGAAUAAACUAGUGGAAACAAAUUGAAAUCCAAGACUCGGCAAUUUUCUGUAUGCGUGGUGCUACUGAAAUCAUUGGAAUAAAUCCAGCCUGUUCAAUAUGUGUACAAGUCAUGUGACCCAAACAUGUUACUUCUUAAACAUGGAUACACAGAAUCCUUCAGGCUGGUGAGACGGCCCCGCUGAUACGCUGAUACGGUGAUGGCUGCCAAGCCUGAUACUCCCUACAAUGAUCCCCGGAAUCCAGAUGGUGGAUGGAAAGAACUGACUCCCACAGUUGCCCUCUGACCUCCAAUGGCACGCCAUGGCAUGCAUGUACACACACACACACACACACACACACACACACACACACACACACUCCAGAUAGGAAAGGUAAAAUCAUAAAACCAUGCUGGAAAUAAAGUAGAAUAUGUUGCUUUAAAGAGCAUUAACAAAGCCCUACAAACACGGAGCAGGCUAUUUCCUGCUAGUGUAGUGGACUCAGGAGUGUCCACGCAUGUCAGCAGAGAUUUACCUCUAAGUGCGUGUGGAUUCAUGGCUUGGUUUGCUCUAAACGAUAAGUAAUAUUGCCAUCAAUGCAGUGAUAGAUCAACAUGUUUAUUUCUAUGAUAGGACACUAUACUUUAUUUAAAAAUAUACCAAAUUUACAUGUAGUUACUUGGAUAGAUCACAGUAUGUUGAGAGGAAGAACCAAAAUACUCAAUUAAACAUGGUAAAAUAAUUGUAAGUUGAUUAAAACAGUUCAAAGAACAGCAUUGUCUAUUGCUCAUGGUCCAUUUAUAAUGCUAAUUGCCUUUGAGGAUGUAGAAGGUUUUAUGGGAGUUGUUACAUUGAUCUGUAAUACUUCAAUAAAAGAAUAAAAGCAAAUAUAGUGUUAA